GCGCCGUUGCCUGUGUACGCACCGCUUCGCCCCCGGAUCUCCCCUGACUCUCGCGGAAGAGCCCCUCAGUGUGUGGAAGACCUUAUCAUUUUCGCAAUAUCCACAAUUCUACCGAAGGAUACUAUGUAUCAUCAACUCUUUCUUCGAUAUUCCUUGUAGAAAACGAAAAAACGAAAAAAUAUGUUUGAAAAAUCCGGAAGCUACGAUAAAAGCAAAACCAUUCGGGUUUGGCGCUGACGUCGUGUUUAGUGCACGAGCAAAAGGGAGAGGGAGAGAGCGAAAGAAAGUAAUAAAGAGAGCGCGAUCAUGUACAGACGAUAUACGAAGGAGUGACGAAAGGGGAAAUCGGUAGUAGACGGGGUGCAAGUGGAUAGUUUUCGUGAUAAGCGAGAGUGAGAGAAAGAGACAAAUGAUAUACGGAGUGAACGUUCGUGACAUAUUUGGGCGGAUCGGCGAACGUUAUUUAACCGCGUGUUACUAAAACAUCAGGGGAUUCCUCGCUCUACAUACACAAAAGAGAAUAACAAUAACUCGUAUAUCGAUGGAAAAAUUUAACAUCCGUCUAUAUAUGUAUACAUACAUCGCUAUACUUAUUAAUUAGUAUUACACACCCUGCUCGAAGGUAAAUCUUAUUAUGCUUCAUCGGUUAAGCUAUAGCGGAGAAUGCAUGUCGUUGCGGACGAUUCGUUAUUAUUGAAGGUUAUUGGGAGAAGCAAACGAGACGAAGAACCGCUAAACGUUGACAAAGUGCCGGGUCCGGUAAAACGCGGGGCUGAAUAGUCUGCCAUUGUGCAGUAGAGGAAACGUGAGGGCAAACUGUGCGUGGGUGUCGAGGCGUCGCGACGCCGCGUGCGUUCAACUAAACCGAAGGUGGUUGAACGAAAGCAGAGAGAAUAUCGGAAGAACGAGACGUUUAUGUACACACCAUAUAUACAUAUACGAAUAUAUAGUUACAGGAAAGUGUAACGCGUGACUACCAGAGUUACACAUGUUAGUCGAUUUAUUAUAUAGUGAAAUGCUACAGGCUAUACUACUAUAGGGUAGUGUGCACUAUAUACGCGGAUACAUGCACGCGGUACAAAGCAAUAGGGCAGACGACUUUCUCAAAGAGCCGGCAAUACGGCGAAUCAGUGAUACAUUAUAACAUCGACAAAGCGUCUGCACGAACUUUUCAUUCUCAAUUACAAUUUCGCUCGUGAUAAACCAUAAGUAGUAAAAAAAAGGGGGCAAAAAGUAGCUUGUUUUUUUUUUCUUUUACAACGCGUCUCGAAAAUUGCGUGAGACACGCGGAAACGCGGAAAAACGAACGAGGGGAGAAAAUAAAGGCACGAGCAGGCGGUGUGGAAUCAUGGAGAGUGGGACGUUUCUGUAUUCGAUUGACCAUCUGCAAUGAAUUUCCCGCCGUUCGGAGGCCACUUUCCUGGUACUAUACCAAGCAUUCAUCAGUUUGCUACCGAUAGUACGGGAGGAGCCGGGGCACGUUACGCCAAUCAUUUUCCCAACCAGCCUCCGAUAGGAGUGCCGGUUAUGGGAAAGUAUCGUCCUGAGGCAAAUGGAGUACAGAGCAGCGCGCAGUCUCAAGUUAUGAUGAACAACAAAACGGCCUAUCCCAACAGCAACGUUCAUCAUUAUUCUAAUGUGCCGUAUUCGCAGGCUCAGGGAGUUCAGCAGCGUCCUGCUAAUUCCCCGAGCAUGCAAGAAAAACGUUCCUAUCAUCAGCAGGCAACAGAAACGAUAAAUCAACGGGGCGUGUGUAACCUGCUGCAGGAUAAAGAGAAAGCUGCGAAGGACAAGAAAACGGAGGAACAGCAACAACAGCAGCAGCAGCAACAACAACAACAACAGCAGCAACAACAGCAGCAGCAGCAGCAGAGGAACGGUGAUGCAUCGACGAACGGUGGACAGCAGGAUUACUCGAUGCACCAUCAUCAUCAACAACACGCGCAUACGCAAACACCAACACCAACACCAACCUCGAUGCCACCUACGUGGCAAUCACUCGCGGCACCGGGUUCGACGGUUGCCGAUUAUUUGAGUCAUUUACCAGCGAGCACGUUGCCUUUGUCGUUGCAUCAUUUUCUCAAAUAUUCUGCGGAGAGUAUAAAAAAGGAAUCGGAGAUGGCGCAAACGACGGCCGUAGCCGCAGCAACGACAACAACCCCCAACAUCAUGAUGUCACCGACAAACAAGAAGAAGAAAAAGAAGAAGGCGCCGAAGGAGAAAAAACCACGUCCGAAACCCGGAGAAAUACGUCUCACCACAGCCCUCGACGGUUCGACUCUUUACUGUUGUCCCGAGUGUCACAUGGCUUAUCCCGAGCGUGAACUUCUCGAACAACAUUUGCUCGGCCAUACUCUCGAACGAAGAUUCGUAUGUGAUAUUUGCGGAGCUGGCCUCAAGCGCAAGGAUCAUCUCACACGUCACAAGCAGAGUCACAAUCCCGAACGUCCUUACGUCUGCACCGUUUGCCUCAAAGCUUUCAAGAGAAAGGAACAACUCACUCUACACUUUGUGAUACACUCCGGUGAAAAACGCCACGUUUGUACCGAAUGCGGCAAAGGCUUUUAUCGUAAAGAUCAUCUCAGGAAGCACACGAGGAGCCACAUCGCCAGAAGAGUCAAGGCUGAACUCAGCCAGAAUUCCGCGGGUACACAACAAACUCAACAACAAAACAGCGUGACGAAUAUGCAAACGACUGCGGUAUCGGGGUCAUCGGUUCUUCCUGGUGGGCAUCCUGGACCUCUUCUGUCCUGAGCCCCGCCACCCGGGAACUUUCAAGUUCCCCAUCCGAACAACAUAAUACAUCCGCACACGAGCCACCACACGUUACAUCAUCAUCACUUAGCGGCAGUAAACGCGGCUCAUCAGUCGAGUGUGCCGCAGCUUCCUACGACGAGUCACUAUCAGGCUCACGAUCUCGGUUUUCUCAGUCACGUUAAGGAUUUCUGAGAGCGGGUGAACGCCCCGGCCGAGAGACAGCGAGACGUCGGCUGAGCACGGCGUAAAUGAAUCACCAUGACGGGUAAAAAACCAACAGAAACGAAGAAUACAUAUUUCCCGUGAAAAAAGAAAAAAAUAAACUCGCGAAUACGGUUUGUGGCUUAAACUUAAUAUACGAACUGUGGGGCUUGACUGAAAUGCCGAAAUCGAUCGAAGGGCGGAGCACUUUCGAACGUAAACAAAAGUUUCACGCGUCGACAAUAGGAGCAAAACGAAAAUUACAAAAAUAGCUAACGCAUUCUUUGAGGCGAUCUAUCGGUCCGCGACGAUAUUUUUGGCGAUAAAAUAACAGCUGAAAUGCAUAUACACGCUUUUCUCCGGGAGCCUAAUUUGAAAUAAAGAAGAGUUGUUGCUCCACGUUCUCUGAUUCAAGGAGAGCAACGUGUAACUCUUACUUUUCUCGAAAAUUAAUCUUUUUAGAAAAAGAGGGUGUGUGCAGUAGGAUUUGACUGUCCUGUAAGCGUUGACCGACCUCGAGACUGAUAGAUCACCUCAAGACGAAGUAGUAACGGCAAUUUUUUUCGAUGCUUUAGAGGCGAUGAAAAUUCCAUGACUUUUGUAGUUUUAAGCCUUGCACGGCUAUCAUUUUUACAAAAGUUUCAAUCUUCCGGAUUGAUGUCGUUUGGACACUUGAAAAUAUUGCCGACGCUUCAAAAACAUUGCAGUUUGUAUUUUGGGCCUUAUUUUUGCUUUCUGGAAUGAUUAUAAUGCGCAUCAGCCAUCGUUUCCCCGGGAGGGAGCUUUCGUAGCAGAGAUCUCAGCCCUGAUUUUCGAACCAAUAUCGUUUUCGAAACGUCGGGAAUACUCUGAACCUUGUCAUUCGGAAGCAAUCCUUUCGUUCAACCGUUAUUUGGUUCUUCAAACCCAAAGCAUUACGUCAUUGUUUGCCGCAACGCUGUAUUGGCUGAGUGAAAUUUUUUGAUCGGUCGCCGAGAUUCAGAGAAAGUACAAACCGCUUUCGACAAGCUUCCCGGUGGUCAUGGGAUGCAUCGUUUGAAUCGACAAAUUCGAACGGUGAAUUCCAAAAAACGAAUGUACUUCGAUUCCUAUUUUCUUUGCUUAAUCGGCCCUCGAUUGUUAACGAUCAAUUUUCGACGGAUCAUUUCCGUCGCAAACUACGGAAAUGAGAUUUUUUUCGUACGCUCCAUCAAUCCUUCGCCGACGGUGAACUAGAAAACGUAGAUUUUAAGAGCCUUGACGCAAGAGUCUUGCCAUAAUAAGAGACAAAACAUAUUUUUAUGGUAGCUUCGUGAAUACGCGAUGACGACGGGAGAGAAAAGAAAAACGAAAAGAACGAUGGAGAAUCUGGAAAAAAAUAUGGUAACGUGAAAAGGAAAUGAAACGCGGUACGUGUUUUUAUUUUCUUUUCGUUGUUUUAACGAUUUAUUGCAAUAUCGUCAUUCCUCGUCCAGUCGUGACAUAGCACUUUUUCUCCCUUUUAUCGGUAUCCUCGAUCGUGCGGCAUUUCUUCUCAAAUUGUUUUUAUUAAUUCCAUUUUCCUCAUUAAUCUCGAAAAUCGAUACAUUCCAUUCUAAUUGAAGUCGAUGGAAUGAGGAGAUUUCCAAGAUUGACGAGGUGAUUAUAGUAACGACGUGGCAAUAUUUAUGACGAAGAGAACUUUCCAGUGUAACUCGAUUCCAAUCUCUCGUCUCUUCCCUGUCUGCUUUAUACACUUUUUUGCGUAUGCCCUUAUAUAUAUAUUUUUUUUUCUCCAAGUUUCAACAAACUUGACGACAGUAUUUUAUAUAUUUUACGAACAUAGUUCGAAAAAUCUAUACGAGCCUGCCCCUGCGCGUGAUUCAUCCUAUAUACUUAUAUAUAUAUAUAUAUAUAUAACAUAAUAUUUAUGUAUGCGUUGAGAUUUUGUUCCGAAUCAAAUUUUACGGUAAAAAGUUCUUUUCUUCCGUGUGUUUUGUGAAAACACAGUUUUCCAUAUUUAAACGAAAAACAAAUUAUUUUGCAAUUGAAGUUUUUAUAUUUUUUUUUUUGUGAAAUACGAAUAUAUCUUUUUCCUUAGAUCUCUUUAACACUCGUUGAGAACUGAUUACGUUCGUAAGUUCGUACUAUUAGAUAUUUUUUUUUUUUUUUUUUUUUUUUUUGUAAAAGUUUUGAUUCUUCUGUGUUUUUUUGUUUCUUUUAAUUAUCCUUAUGGAGAAUUUGUAAUCGGGCUAUGCCAAAUAUUCGUCUAGCCCAGGUUUUAACGUAUCCUCUCGUCUAACGACUGGUUGUGAUCGUUUGUGAUCGUUUCGGGCCUCUGGAACGCGUUAUAAAAUACACCGUGUAAUCCUCAAGUAAUAAUCUUACAAGAUUUAACGUAAUGUAGAACUCGCGUUUCUUUUUUUAAAUUUUAUACCUAAAUAUAAUUGUCCGUUCGACUUAUAUUAUGUAGAUUACUCAUAGGACUAGCCGUGCCAUCAUGUUUUUAAUUAUUAAUUUAGACUUUUUCGUUGUUUCGUAUUGUGAAUGACCCACCGUGCCGUUCUGAAUCCUUGCCAUACCCACAGAAGCCCUGUUUACCAAAUCCUCUUUCCCGGCCUCUCCCCCACGAUUUAAUAUUUAUGUCUCGGUGAGUACAACCAUUAAUUCCUCGUUUAUACAAAGUCGAAACGAAAGAAACGAUUCUUGCACGUUGGGAAAAACUGCAUCUAAAUUAUUGAUGCUUUAUUUUGUUCGAACAACGUAUAAAGCUUUUCCUCGUUCGAGCUGUUUCGUAAAGAUUUCGAUUUCGAGUCAAAGGAUGCUCAUGCCCGUAUUUAUUUGACAUUAUUUAAUCCGUAUCGAUAAAAGUCUCCGCAGUAUUGUCAUGCUUCAAAAAAUUAUCUCAUCCGGAUGAGAUCCAAACGUCAAACCAGACGAGGCCAAUGAGCCAUUCACCUCAAACAGACGAAAUUCACUCUCCUUCGAUCAGUUUUUUGAAAAUAAUAUAAAAAAUCUUGAGAAACAUUAGCCCUUACUAAGCCUGAGUACGAAUACGUGCUUGCAACGAAUUGCAAUUAAAACGUUGAUACGAAUGAAAUAUAGCUUCAAUAAUCCACCGAAGAUUUCCUUUAACCAUAAAGCAAAUAUACUAAAAAAAGAAAAAAAAAGUAGCCGACAUAUAUGAGACUUUUGAUCGGUUUUACAAACUAGAAAUAUAUUUUGGAUACACCUAAAAUAUAUUUUUUCGCUCGCAUAUAUUUCGUAAAAAUCCCAAACUAUAUAUCCGAUAUAUCUAAAAUAUAUUUUCAUAAAUCCCGUAUCCGCAUUUUUUUUUUUUUUAAUUACAAGUGCAAGGAAUCAUUUGUUCGUUGGCAACUUAAAACAGGCAUUAAU